AUGGCCAAAUUCGCGCCGCCUGCAGACUUUGAUUUCUCCAUUCCAGAUGCCUGGCCGGCUUGGAAACGCCGGUUUGCGAGAUAUCGCCUCGCCUCAGAGCUCAACGCGAAAGACAAGAAAGUGCAAAUCUCUACGUUGCUCUACUCGCUGGGCCCUGAGGCCGAAACUGUCUUCGAUCAACUGGUAUUCAACACCGUUGGAGACGAGGACAAGUAUGAAAAGGUCAUGACGAAGCUGGACGCUUACUUUACGCCAGCAUUGAACGUGUUUCACCAGAGGACCAUCUUCGAACAGUGCGUCCAUCUUCCAGGAGAGUCCGUGGAAGAAUUUGUUCGGAAACUUCACGCAGCAGCGAAGUUCUGUGACUUUGGUGACCAGAAGGACAACAGAAUUCGAGAUCGCCUCGUGGCUCACAUUCUGGAUCGUCAAGUCGCCAAGGAGCUGCAGCUGAUUGAGCCCGCAAAACUCACCCUCACGGACGCAGUUCUCAGGGCCAGACAGGCCGAGAAAAUUUCCGGAGACGUUGCAGCGCAAGCCGCCAGGCCGCAGGUCAAUGCUGCAUCCCGCUUUGGAGGAAAGCAGCAAGAUGCAAGGAGUCGCCACCAGCGCAGCGGCGUUCCAUCGAAGCCUGCACCAACGCCGUCCACGCAGAGGAAGAGCGGCACUGCAGCUUCAACAUGUCCGUGGUGUGGCCACGCUGGUUCGCACAAGAGUAACCGUUCUGCGUGUCCUGCGUUUGGUCGCAAGUGUAAUUCAUGCGGCAAGCAGGGCCACUUCGCCGCCGUCUGUCUUUCCACUCCAGCAACCACGCGUGGUGCCAGAGCUGUCGAAGAUGAAUCGCUCGCGUCCCCGUCGCCAUUCAUGGGUGGUGUUGCAGAGCUGUCAUCCAACGCCAGUCCUUCCCAGUCUACUGACGCCUGGUCAGUAAGUCUGCCUGUUUGCUCGACAAAUUUGAUAUUCAAGAUCGACACAGGUGCAGAUGUAUCGUGUAUCACGCACUCCACGUAUCAGAAUCUCGUACGCCGCCCUGUACUCACACCAUCCACUACCAAACUCCUUGGUCCAUCUGGUGCACCUCUGUCCAUCAAGGGUCAGUUCACUGCAGACACCAUACACAAGAGUGAACUGUUCUCUAUGGAGAUCGUAGUUAUCGAUGGUCCUGGAUCUACCAACCUGUUGAGUCGCAGAGACUGCCUCCGACUUCGCCUGACCCAGCGUUUAGAUGCAGCAGAAUCGUGUACCAGCAAGCCAGCACAGCCCAUCGGUUGUAUGGUUGGGCCCCCAGCUGAUAUCAAGCUCGUGGACGACGCCACGCCGUACCACUGUGGUGUUGCCCGCCGUGUGCCUCUGCCUCUACAGGACAAGGUCACAGAAGAGCUCGCACGUAUGGAGGAAAUGGGCAUCAUCGUCCGGGAAACGGGUCCCUCUGACUGGUGCUCUCCUAUGGUGCCGGUUCGUAAACCAAAUGGUCGCGUACGGAUCUGCGUAGACCUAAAGAAGCUGAACGGCAACGUGAAGCGCGAGCACUUCCCUCUUCUGACAGUUGAGGACACACUGGCUAGGCUCGCCGGAUCUACUGUCUUUUCCACGCUGUAUGCCAACAGCGGCUUCUGGCAAGUGCCUCUCACAGAGUCUGCAUCCAAGCUGACAACGUUCAUCACGCCUGUGGGUCGGUUCCGAUUCCUCCGGAUGCCAUUCGGUAUAACCUCUGCACCGGAAAUCUUCCGACGACGCCUGCAGGACUUCCUCUCCCACGUCAAAGGUUCCGAGGUAUUCAUGGACGACGUUCUGGUCCACGCCGCUAACGAAGCUGAACACGACCACCGGCUGGACACAACGCGCCAGGUCCUUGCCGACGCAGGCAUCACUCUAAACCCCGACAAAUGCCACCUCAAGCAGUCAUCAGUCAAGUACCUGGGACACAUCGUCAGCGGGUCCGGUGUGAAACCCGACCCCAGCAAAGUCUCCGCCAUUGACGACCUCAAGGAGCCUACGAAUGUUCCUGAGCUUCGCCGUGCCUUAGGUCUCUUCACCUACGUCGCCAGAUUCAUCCCGGAAUUGGCUACGAUCUCAGCGCCCCUCCGUCAGCUCCUGCACACCGACACUGAUUGGUUCUGGGACUCCCCGCAGCAGGACGCGUUCCGUCGGCUGAAAGAGCUCGUCGUUUCAGCCCCGUGCUUAGUGCACUAUGACCCCAAGCGUCCCAUCAUGGUCAGUGCAGAUGCCAGCAGCUAUGGCAUUGGUGGUGUUCUGCUCCAGAAGCACGAUGGCGACUGGCGCCCAGUAGCCUACGCCUCCCGUUCCCUGACCAAGACGGAACAAGGCUACGCGCAGAUCGAAAAGGAAUGCCUCGCAGCGGUGUGGACGUGCGAGAGGCUAGACCAGUACCUCUUCGGCGCUCCCAGGUUCAUCGUGCAGACGGACUACAAGCCGCUAGUGCCACUGAUCAACACCAGAGACCUGGAAAAGGUCCCCAUCCGAUGCCAACGAAUGCUGCUCCGCUUCCUCCGGUACGAAGUCCAUGCCAUACACGUUCCCGGCAAGGAUCUGGUGGUGGCUGACACGCUUUCACGAGCGCCAGCAUCGGCAUCAGUUGACAACGUUCUGCAAGACGACAUCGGCAUGGUUUUAUCAACCACUGCCGAAGAUCUCACAAGUCCAUCCGUUCUCGCCGACCUAGCCAAGGCUACGUCUGAAGAUCCCGUGUUAUCCAGUGUGAUGCGCUACGUCAUCCAUGGCUGGCCUGCUACCGUCCCUGACGACAUCAAGCCGUUCCAUCGUGAGCGAGGCCAAUUGUCUCACAUGCAAGGUGUCUUGUGCCACGGCUUUCGCCUGGUUGUUCCGUCCGUGCUACAGCCUGAGAUCCUCCAGAAGCUGCACGAUGGUCACCAAGGUGUCACGAAGAGUAAAGCCCGUGCCCGCUUCUCGUCAUGGUGGCCAGGUAUCUCUGCCGACAUCGAGGCGUACGUCGCCAAGUGCACUACCUGUAUCAAGCAGCGUCAUCAGUCUCCAGAGCCUCUUCAGACAACUUCUUUUCCCCGAGCGUCCGUGGCAGCGUAUCGCAUCGGAUCUCUGUGA